UUUGUCUCAAAUUUCCGUCCUUAUUAACCGCUGCCUUGUUUUAACCAAUCCAUUUCCACAGGUUUGACCUAAAUCCCAUUUCAGAUAGGCUUAAAAAAUUGUCCCCAAAUCCGCCAUGAAUGAUGACUACAUCACCAUCUCGCCCCAUUUCAACCCAGACCCAUACAGAUUCCGAACUUACACGGUAACUUUCUUCUCAACUCCCAUUAUCACCACAGUCACCACCACCCCAUCUGUUGUCCGCAACUGGCUCUUCAGAGUCCUUCGUCUCCACAGUAUCCGUCGCCACAGGCUCGUCGUCGGCCUCGGGGUUCAAUGGAGCCCUUACUCUUCCCUCGCCCACUCUGCAGCAGCCACUCUUCAACUUUGCAUCGGACAUCAAUGCCUCAUCUUCCAACUCCUACAUGCAGAUACCGUGCCCUUAUCUCUCCGUCGCUUCUUGAGUGAUCCUCGUAAUACUUUCGUCGGAGUUUGGAACCAUAGUGACAUAGCUAUGUUGUUGAGGUCUGAGCAUAGGCUUUCAGUUUCCAGGGUGGUUGAUGCUCGUCAUGUUGCUGCUGAGAGAAAUGGGUUGAGUUCACAGUUGUCUAUGGAGAAGUUGGCUGAGAUACUUUUGGGUGCUCCUGAUGUUAGGAAGCCUCAAAGUAUUGGGGUCAGUAAUUGGAAUGAUUAUCGGCUUUCUUUAGAGCAAAUCCAGUAUGCUUGUGUUGAUGCUUAUGUUAGUUUUGAAUUGGGGAGGGUAUUGCAAGUUUGGAAUUGGUAGGCUGGAAGACUGGAAAAAUGAAGGGUUUUAAGUGUUUUGCUUCAAUGGCUAGUGAAGGGUUCCUUUUUGUCUGGAUUAGAUACUCUUUAACACGCUUUCUUUUGCUUCAUGGAUAUGGAUUUCAUACUAUGCUGAUCCAUUGAAGUUUGAAAAUUUUUCUGAUAAAUGAUAUUAUUUCUUUUGUAUUU